CAGAAGCCACUGUCAGCGCGGAAGACGUCUCUUCGACGUCACAGUCAGAGUACUCGAAGCCUCUGGUACUUUCGUAUCCGCGGACACUCCGCCUCCUGUGAGUGAAGUGUACCAGGAAACACUCGGCUCAGAAGUGAAACACACCGUCACACACUUGCUGGACUGAAUUGUAACCUCAGAGGAGCCUCGAAGAAACAUGUCAGCCACCAUCACUGCCUUCGUCCUGACUCUUUCUACACUUUGCCGACCCACAGAGUUAUUGGGAAUCCUCAGCAGCCCCACAAAUGUCCACUUGACCUCCGACAACAUGAACCUGGUCCUAAGGUGGAAUCCACCUAAAGGGGUAUCCAACAACCUGGUUUACAGAACUGAGUACAGAACUUCUAUCACACCCUACACAGUAGGGUGUGUGAACAUCUCCACCCUUGAAUGUGACCUCAUCAAUCCAUUCAUUACUGAGAGUGGAAAGUAUACUGGCAGAGUGCGGGCACAAUUGGGCUCAGAGAGUUCUGCCUGGGUGGAAAGUAACAACAUUACCUUGGACAAAGAAAGUGAGUAGAAAUGCUGUGUGUCA